CCAAAUGGUCGAUUCGAAACCCAUAGAAAAAUUUGCUUGAGCAUUUCUGGUUAUCAUCCGGAAUCAUGGAGACCUUCAUGGUCGAUUCGUACAGCUCUUUUGGCAAUCAUUGGAUUCAUGCCUACACAUGGUGCCGGGGCUAUAGGUUCCCUUGAUUUGCCAAGCGAGGAACGGAAGCUCUUGGCACGAAAGUCCAGCGCCUUUGUUUGUGACACAUGUGGUGCAAUUCAAAAUCUGCUUAAACCCUUAACUGAUGCCUCACGUUCCAUUAGUCAAGAAGCUACGGAAACCGCCUCGCAAAUCGCGCUAACUGGUGAACGCGAGGUCAAAAACGACUCGCCUAUUGAGUCCAAUGUGAAUGUGGUCUCCCCAGCAGCGGAGACUAGCCCUUCACCAAGCCAAACACCUGUUGCAUCCACCUCCGCAAGACCACCGUCUGUCGAGGUGAACACUACUUCCGUCGGGUCACUUCCGUCAGCGACCCCGACAACGUCUGCUUGUGGUUGUAAUCCCAAUCAGAUCCCUCCUGUCCCACCUGCUAUGCCCAACUUUCAAAAUACUCCCAUGCCGCCUGCCCAAAUCGCGUAUUGGUUAUGUUAUCCUGUUUAUUACCCAUUCCCACCGCCCUCAGCUUGUGGACCUAGGCCCACAUGUGCUGCAACGGGAACCGAAAAUGAUAAUCAUGUGACCAUCCCUAUAUCAUCAACCUCGUCCACACAAUCUGCGACACGGUCCAGUGGUGAUCGAGUCCCUUUGAGCUUCACAGAUUGGUUGAAACAGGCGCGUGAAAAACGUGCCACGGAAGGGAUGUCCGAAGCGACUUCUGUCACGGCCGAUCUUCAUUCGACUGCCCUCACACGCACAGUCGUGACAAAUGCUACCACCAUUUUGGCUCAUCGUGCAUCUGCUUCGUUCACCGUGCACAAAGAUCUGACCACGGCCAGCACGGCUACGGAACUGAAUACACAUCCAAAUAUUCUGGAUGCACCGAAACCUACCACGGUCUUUCAUUCCCAUCCCACGUUAAAUCCUUUAUUGACAUCCACAUCUCCGGAAACGGUCACCAGUGAGGAGAAACUACGAACGGUGAUCGAGCGACCUCCUUCGGGUACAGCUGCCGGUGAGCGACCGGAAAGCACUGGCACACCAGAUGCUCUUAGUGACCUUCAAGAUGACACAGUACCAGAAGCGUGUCAGAAAAUUCCGUUAGAGAAAGAAAGCCGUUUGUCAGACGAAGUUGAAACUAAGAAUGCUGUUGAUCCACCCGAUCAUGAACAAGUGUCUACGGUUCCCGAUCCACCUCAAACGGGUAAACAAGAUCCAAUUAAUAUAACCACUGAUCUCAAAGUUACGGACUCUGAUGACAAGCUGCUCAGUUCAUUGGCUCCUAAACAUGACUCUAAGGUUGUUUUCAAGGACCCAACAGAUUGCUCGAAGCCAGAGAGUCACUUUGGAACUAUUGCAAAAGAACGUAUGUCGUCAGUUCCGAGGGAAAAAGAAACCCUCGCCGAUCUUCCUCCUACUCCGACAUCCACAAUGGCCCCGACAACUUUUGCCAGCUCUUCUUUCCAGAGUGUCCAUGAAGAGGAAGAUGAAGAAGCCUCAUGUGUCGUUCGUCAGCGAACUGUUUCGCCAUUGCGGACCGAUGAUCCUUCCAUAUCAAGAUCCACCGAACUGAACGCGCACACGGUUACUACAUUGGCCAGUGGUAUCGUUUCGAAUAGCACCACCGAAGCCUCCACUCAGAGUCUGCAGUAUCGAGCUGUGAGUGUGUGUGCGGCCGGAGUAGCAGUCGCCUUGUUUUUGGUCGUGAUGCGUCGAUUANUGCUUCAGGAAUAUGAUGGAAAAACGCAUGCACACUUGUGA